GGCAGCCCCGACGUGCGUCGGGGCAAAGUGCACUUGGCCGUUGAAGCGCGCACUCCCAUCUGCGCGGGGUGAGUCCCACAAGGUCAAAGCUAUGCCAAUCCUGGCGACAUUCUACACGCAGAAGAAAGGUGGACUGCGUUCGGCCGCCAUCGCACGCAUUGGUUGGUCGGGGGGCGGCGCGGCGCUGGCCGACGACGUGCACCAGACUUCAUGCGCGCACAAGACAACGGACGACACGCUGCAGGAGGUUGCGGAGCACGUGAACGCGUUCGAGUCACCGCUUUCGAUGAAUAGCAUCGCCCGCAUCAAGCCAGGAGACGUCAUUAUGAGUGCAGGGACAAACGUCCUCGCGGACGGCUUUGAAAUGAUAAGUUUGGAAGACGGUGGUGCGGUGGAUCGCGGACCCUGCGCGCCUCGCUCGCGGUUGAUCCAGGACGUGGACUUCAAGCACAUGGAGAACUUGGCGAUCAUCAACGAAGAUUUGGACGCGCUGUUCCGCGCGGCGUUGAAG